CGCCAGUCAACUACGUACUGUGAGCUAAUCUAACGUUAGCAAGCUAAAUACGGCCCCCGUCAGCUGCGGCUGGAUAUGGCGGCGCUGUUUAGAGGACUACGAGCUGGAAGGGCCUUGAGGGGUCUUGGCAGCGUUGCUGCUCAGGCAACAGCCAGUCCCAAGUGUAACGGUUUAAGACGUGGCUUCCACUCUGCUGCCCUGUUACGGUUACAUGAUGACUCCAAAAGUGACCAGGUCACACCACCCCCUUCCUACCAUCAGCACUACCAGGCCCACGGUGCUGUACAGGGUGAUUCUGCAUCUGCAGUAAACACAGAGGACACACACACACCUGGACAGGAUGCCCAGGAUUCAGCCACCUCUACCCAUGAGGCAUCUGCAUCAGACACUGCCACAGGACAGGACGACCCACAACCUAACACCAGUUAUCAAGACCAGAGUGGAGAGCAAAGUGAAGACUAUGAGACUGAGGAGCAGCUCCAGGCUCGUAUCCUGACGGCCGCCUUGGAGUUUGUCCCAGAACAUGGCUGGUCUGUGGAGGCAAUCGCUGCUGGAGCAGAGACUCUGGGCCUGUCCUCAGCAUCCACUGGGAUGUUUUAUAACGGAGCAGGAGACUUGGUCCUGCAUUUCGUUGGCCAGUGCAAUGCUCAGCUCGCUGAGAUAUUGGCAGAGCAGCACAAUCAGGUCCAACUCGGCCAGGCAGAGUCAAAGAAAACAGCAGAGUUCCUUAGAGAUGCAGUUGAGACCAGGCUGAGGAUGUUGAUCCCAUACAUCGACACUUGGCCUCAGGCCAUGAGUAUACUGCUUCUUCCCCACAACAUCCCAGACAGUCUGAAGCACCUGUCCACGCUGGUAGAUGACAUCUGGUACUAUGCCGGCGACCGGUCCACUGACUUGAACUGGUAUACGCGGCGGGCGGCUCUGACUGGGAUCUUUAACACCACAGAGCUGGUGAUGGUGCAGGACUCUUCUCCAGACUUUCAGGACACCUGGGCCUUCCUCGACAACCGUAUCAAAGACGUGGUCAACAUGGCCAGCACAGCAAAACAGAUGCAGUCGACUGGAGAGGCUGUGGUACAGGGACUUAUGGGUGCAGCAGUUACGCUGAAGAACCUCACAGGCCUGAACCAGAGACGAUGAGUCCCAACGGUCUUCAUCCCUUUGUCUUCAUUUCUCUCUUUAUGAUUGUGUCUGUCACACAGCAUGUACUGUAUGUUUGAUUCUCCAGUGAACAGCUCCCACAUGCUCAUCAUUACAGCCAUAUUACUCUCAAAUGCAGUUCUAAAGCAGGACUUGAUAUAAUUUUGUUUUUGUUUAUACCCCUCAGUCAAUAUGAAGGGUUCAGUGUGCCAUAACCAUCUGCUAUGUCCAUUUCCAGUUUGAUUCAGAAGGGAACUUUGGUUUCAUCCAUGUCUAACCAUUUUGUUUUGCCCUGUUUUAUUCCCCUCUUUUGUUUUAAGGGCUAAGAAAAUAAAUGUGUUGCAUUUCAUUAGAUGGGAUGUCUGGCUCAUAUGGGAGAUGUUCAGUAAAGAAGCUGUAUUCCAGUGAA